AUGUCGGCCAGCCAGUCGAACCCAGCAGCAUCAUACCCAUCCAUCACAAGCGAAUCCCAACCCCCCCAGUACCUCAGCGGAUCCCAGUGGAAGAUCACCCACGAGCCAAGCGAACUGCCCCGGAGAGCCUCGCUCGACAUCGAAGAACUAGACACUCACCCCCAUCCCUAUCUCUCAGCCGAACACAAACAGCCAGCCCCCGCCCACGAGGACCACCACAGCGAGACGGACGCAGAAGGACAGAGCUACGAUGACUGUAAGCAAACAACACCACUCAAUCCCCAACCCACACUGACGAACACACACACACACACAGACGACUGGGACAACGACGACGACCUCGAGGGCGACGUGCGCUUUGCAGACCUCAACGACGACAAGCACCCCGCCCAGCACCACCGUCGACGCACCCUCUCCCGCCGAUUCUCUCCCUACAGCAUCGUCAAGCUCCUGAUCACCACCUUUAUCGGAAACAUCCUCCUGAGUCUGUUGUGCAUCAUCCCGCCCCUCGUCCUCAGGUUCACGGGGUACUACCAGUCCGGGGACAGCCCAGAAGCGCACAACACGCGCUUCAUCUACGACAACGUCGCUGCCUGGCUGUUCUGGGCAGCCUACAACAUCCUCGCCAGCUGGGUCCUCAGCUUCCUCACCGAGCUCAUCCCCCGCGCGAUCGUCCUGUUGGUCGGCGUGGUGUGGGGAGACGUCAACGAGACGAUCAAGGGCCGCGUCGAGACCUUCCACACCGCCAAGCCCUGGAUCAAAGUCAUCUUUUACUCGGCCAUGUGCUGGGGCUCCUGGGAAGUCAUCUUCAACGGCAUCUAUCACCUCUACGCCCUCACCGACACCGGCCACUACCGCGCCCCGUACACCGAAACCAUCCACAUCAUCGUCGAACUGCUGUUCUUCUUCAUGCUCAUCCUGUCCUUAGAAAAACUACUGCUACUCACCAUCAGUAUGAAUUUCCAUCAAGUGGCCUACGCAGAUCGCAUCCAGAAAAUCACCCGAACCUUCGCAGUGAUCGAUGCCUUGAAAGAUUACCGUCCGAAACGCAAAUCGUUCCCGCUGGCGCCCAACAGUCGCCGGCCGUCCGGGGCGAUCCUGACGAUGAAAGGGCUUGCGGGCAAGAAGGCGGCCCAAGAGCCGGCGACGGCCAAGAAGAGCAGAUGGUGGUCUCGCAGCCGGGAGCCCCAGCAGGAGACGGGCGACAAGGAGAAGGUGGAUUACGAAGCCCAGAUGCACGAGACGGACCGGUUCAACACCGAGUACCAGAAGGAUCUGCCCUCCCCGCACCAGCAAAACAAGCGAUCCUCACGCCUGAUGCGCCGCAACUCGCAGACGACGUUCGCCGCGCUGGCCCAGCGGGGCGCCUCGGCAGCCAAGAUCGCCCGCGCGGCGAUGAAGGACCCGGUGUCCGUCGUCGGCAAGAAGUCCGGGCUCAAGCUGGACGUCAACAACCCCGCGGAGGCCCGCAAGCUGGCCCGGAAGAUCUACUUCGGCUUCAAGGCGGACUCGGCCCGGACCUACCUGGUGCCCUCGGACUUCUACCCGGCCUUCCCGACGCACGAGCUUGCCAAGGAGGCCUUCUCGAUCUUCGACUCGGACGGCAACGGGGACAUCAGCCGGACGGAGGUGAAGAACGAGAUUUUCCGGGCCUACAAGGAGCGCCGGGCGCUGGCCAACUCGCUCCAGGACGUCGGCCAUGCGAUCGGCCGACUGGACCGGAUCAUGAUGGCCAUGGCCGGGAUCGUGUUCGUGUUCAUUGCGCUGUCGAUCGUCGGGAUCGACUACUCCAAGGCGCUCACCUCCGUCUACACCGUCGGCAUCGCCGCGGCGUUUAUCUUCAAGGAGACUGCGGGCAACGUGUUUGAUGCGAUCAUCAUGGUCUUCUGCACCCAUCCCUACGACACGGGGGACCGGGUGAUCAUGGACAACGACGGGGUGGACGAGGUGCUGGUGGUGAAGCGGAUGGGCCUGCUGGUGACGGUGUUCCUACGCUGGGACGGCACGGAAUGGUUUGCGCCCAACUCGCUGCUGGGCCAGAAGUUCAUCAUCAACCUGCGCCGGAGCUCGAACCAGUUCGAGAAUGCGACGGUGCAGUUCGGCUGGGAGACCCCGCUGGAGAAGCUGGACGCGCUGGAGGAGAAGAUGAACCUGUGGCUGCAGACGGACGAGCAGCGCCGCUUCGAGCCCGGCACGGCCUGCGUCAUCCAGAGCCUCGUCAACCAGCAGUACAUGGAGAUCACCCUCGGCAUGACCCAUCGCGAGAACUGGCAGGACUGGGGCGGGCGGUGGAACAGGCGGACGGCGUUCCAUGCGGCCCUGAACCACUACUCGCGCGAGCUCGGCAUCAGCUUCUUCAACCCCGAGCAGCCCGUCCAUCUCGCCAACCCGGCCGCGUUCAAGGAGCACCUCCUCAACCCUGCUCCCCCCGAGCAGGAGCAGGAGCAGGAGGAAGAAGAAGACGAACAGGCCGACGACGAGCCCGACUACUUCUCCCACCCCCUUCCCGCCGCCGACGACGACAACCGCUCCAGGAACCCGCCCUCCGUCCGCUCCGCCCAGCCCGUCCGCAUGCCCGAGGCCCUCGGCUUCUCCGCCCCGCCCGAGGCCGGAACCGGCAUGCGCAAGCGCAAGAAGCUCUCCAAGAAGAAGGCCAUGCUCGGCGACGCGUGA